GUCUAUAUAACAUUGUUUUAAUUAUUGUAAGUGUGCACUGUAGUAAUGUGAAUAUAUUCACAGUAGUUUGCAAUUAUCCCCAAUAUCUAUACCCCAACCUAUAUCAUCUUUCCCCAAUGUGAUCUCUGUACCUACUAAUCAAUAAAUUCUGACCUCCUCAGCUCUGUUCUACCUUCUGUGUCUGUGAAUUUGCCUACUUUACACAGAUCUCCAAAGUGGGAUCAUACAUUUCUCACCUGGUGUAUAGCUUAUUUCAUUUAAUUCAAUGUAGUCAAGAUUCUUCCAUAGUAUAGCACAUAUCAAGUUUUUAUGCCUUUAUAGCCAAAUAAUAUUCUGUUGCAUGUGUAUACCCACACAUCCCUUCGAUCCUGGUAGGCUGGCUUCAGUUUCCAAGUGACAGAUUUGUGGGAGCAGAAAGUUGUCCCGUCUUCUGGGAAAGAGCCCCAAAUGUACAUUGCUAACUUCCCAGUUACAGACCAGAUUCUGGAACAAGGACUCCAGAGGGAGGGGCCUGCUCUCACCCUGUUUUGAGUUUGCUGUAAGAACUUCACUAAACAGCUUCCUAGAAACUGGAUCAAAGCACCCCUUAGUCCAUGUACUCUGAGGGUAAGUCUCAUCCAGCUGACUUCUGUAGAGGCUGAGAGAGGAGACAGCUUUGCAGGGUGCAGAUGCACACAUGCAGAAGCUGGUUCCAAAUGUAGUCGGCAAUACUCACUGUUAUUUCUGUUGUGCUCUGGCAUCAAACUCCACUUGGCUUCUGAUUUGCAUGGAAUUUCUGAGGUGCUUCUAGCUGAAAUGUCAAAUUGGCCCCUUGGAAUGCUACUCUUCUACUACCAUGCAUCUUUUUGGGUCUUGGAAAAGAUGCUAUCUGGAUAAGGUAGCUGCCAAGAUGCUCCAUUUGCGAAGCCCACAGAUGCUGCAGAUGUUGGAGAAGUCCUUAAGGAAACACCUUCCUGAGUCCUUAAAGGUUUAUGGGACUGUCUUCCAUAUGAACCAGGGAAACCCAUUCAAACUCAAAGCUCUGGUGGACAAGUGGCCUGAUUUUAAUACAGUGAUUGUCCGUCCACAGGAGCAGGAGAUGACAGAUGACCUUGAUCCCCAUACCAACACUUACCAGAUCUAUUCUAAGAAUCCUAAGAACUGUUUGGAAUUCCUUGGCACACCAGAGAUCAUCAACUGGAAACAACAUCUGCAGAUCCAAAGUUCACAGUCUAGCCUGAAUGAAGCUAUAAUGAGCCUUGCAGCUGCUAAGCUGAUCAAAGUCAAGAGAUCACAGUCCAUUCUCUACAUGAUGCCUCAGACAGCAAAGAAACUGGUUCCUUUCCUGAUGGAGAAUACAGAGAACUUACAUAAUAAACCUGGCAGACCCCGGGCCAUCAACCAAGAGAUGUUUAAACUCUCAUCACUAGAUGUUACCCAUGCUGCCUUGGUGGAUAAAUUCUGGCAUUUUGGUGGCAACGAGAGGAGCCAGAGAUUCAUUGAGCGCUGUAUCCAGAUCUUCCCUAGCUCAUGUCUUCUGGGACCUGAAGGAACCCCUGUGUCUUGGGCUCUGAUGGACCAAACUGGAGAAAUGCGAAUGGCAGGCACUGUGCCUGAUUACCGGGCACAAGGUCUCAUCUCCCACAUCAUUCAUACUCAGACUUUGGUUAUGGAUGAACUUGGCUACCCUGUGUAUAAUCAUACAGACAGAGCCAACAAAAUUAUACAGAAAAUGAGUCAUACUCUGCACCAUGUCCCUAUGCCCUGUGAUUGGAAUCAGUGGAAUUGUGUACCUCGGUAACUCUGGUGCUGAACACUUGGCUGUGUUGGGUAGGCUGUAAUAAACUGGAGGAGUGGAUGGUGGACAUAGGUAAAACACAAACUGUAAUGAACAAUAAAGGAAUGGGCAUUGCUUGGGUUCUGGGGAAGCAGUGUGAAUGGCCAACAGUAUACGACAGUCCCCACCCUGAUGUUACCUUUCAGAUCCAGCAGAUGUAGCAUGGCAAGACCUGUCCACUGAGCUACUGGCUUUGUUCAGUUUUCUACACUCUGGAUGUCAGUGGCACAUCUAUUCAGCUGCACAUUACUAUCCUCAUGUGGCUUAUUGCCCAUGAUCAGAUGUGUCAGGGUAUGGUGCUGACUUGUCAAUAGUGUAUGCUUUUCUCUCUUACUCUUUCCUCUGUUUAGGAGCUAGAGUAUGCCUCAUCAACAGGUACUUCGAAAUGAUUGCUUCACUGGUAGACCUUUGAUUUCUGUUUAAUAACCAUGCUAAAUGUUGCAUGAAUAAAUAUAUGAUAGCAGUUGGAUAUGGUAUCUGGAAGACUAAUUUUUAAGAAAAUUUAAAUGUGUACAACCCGAGGCUUUGGUAAUAACAAUAGAUAGUAAAAAUGCCUUCUAUAAUGAAACAAAUUCACAAAUCCAUCACCUCACAUAUUUACCAUAUUUUGAUUUGACAUUGAGUAGCUAAUCUCAUUUAGUAUGAAUCUCAUAUACAGUUCAAUGUUACUAUGAUAUUAAUAUUAUAAGUAGAUCUCUAGAUUUUCUUAGUAACAAGUCAGAAAUUUUGUAAUUCUCUGAUACCCAUAAUCUCUUUCUCACUUCAUCCCUAACUUUGGUAACUUGCAUUUUGUUCUCUAUUUCUGUGCUUUUAAAAAUUGUUUUCAAUUUCAUAUAUAAGUGAAUUUAUGUGUUAGUUUUUUUCUACCUAGAUUAUCUCACUUGGUAUAUCACCCAAGUUCAUUCACUUUAUGGAAAAUGAUAAGAACUUGUUCUUGUAAAGGACAAUAUUAUUACAUUGUGAUACGCAUUUUUUUUCAUGCCAGAGUUUCUUUAUCCAUUUGUCCAUCAGCAGACAAUUAGGUAUUUCCCUAUCUUGGCAAUUUAUGAAUAAUCCCACAAAGAAUUUGCCUUUAUGAAAUAAAGACAGUGGUCUUCAUUGUA